AUGACUCAGCUUCCUUCUACGCCGUCACACGGCCUUUCGGCUAAGCCCUCACAAGAGGCAGACGGGCUGGAAAGGGGAGAAGGCUCUUGUCACCGCUCUCGGCCAAGCAGAACUGCUUUUGAUGGCAGAACACAAGGACCGCAUGCAACUCUCCCGCCCUCCUCGUCUUCGUACCGCCCAAGGCAUGGUGACAUGGGCUCGUAUCAGCCUCGAUAUCAAGACCGGGACGAUCCUAGAUAUGCGCAGAGGGAUGAGGACCAGGGACAUCAUCACAAUCUCUCCAGACGCAGAUCAAAAUCUCCGGAUAUGUCCCGCCACCUGACGUCGAAAGCGGUCCCCGUGAAACCGUGGAAGGACUUGCGUGCGCCGGUCAGAGAUCAGGACUGCACAGCCAGCAACACGUCAGCCGUCAAGGCGUCUUCGACCAUGGCUUCCACGUCCAGCACGGCAGCAACCAACAAGCGAUUCGCAAACGACAUUUCACGGUGGAAUCGGAAGCAAUCCGAGCUGCAGCAAGCCCGAGUCGACUCUUCCACGCCAUCACUCAGCGCAGAUCCGAUCCGAUCGGCUGGACCGAGCAAGCCCGCUCAGCCGUCCGGUUCUUCCGUUCGUGUGUCGCAGAGCUCCGCCUCGUCGUCGAAGGCAUCAGAGACAGGACUCGAUGCAGCUGACCGACUUGACGCAGCGAAUCCCAGUCAGAUGUUGGAUGCCCAAUUGUUAGGUUACGACUACAAGGACGCAGAGCGCAUUGCAUGUCUCUUGUGCCAACGCAAGUUCAAGAGCCUCGAUACGCUUCACCGACACGAGAACGAGUCUCAGCUGCACAGGGACAACCUCGCCAACAUGAACACUUGUCGACAAGGAGUCUCCAGACAUCUCGAGUCGAAAGCCGACAGCCAUUCGCCGAUCGGUCCUACUCGGGUCAGCGACGCUGCAUCUCAGAAAGCCGAACCGCAGACCUCGUUUGCUUAUCGAGAUCGCGCUUCAGAACGUCGGGCUGUCUUCGGGUCAGACACGGCCUCAAAGCAGAGCGACUCGAGCAGCAAUCGAGCAAAGGUGUUUGAGAGUCCCAACAAGGCCACAUCCUCGGCGUCGAGCGUGGUCGAGGUCACACCACUGUCUGCUCCGGAGAAGCCGAUUGGCAAUGACAACGUCGGCAGCAAGCUUCUAGCAAUGAUGGGCUGGUCUCAGGGCCAAGGCCUAGGUGCCAAACGAGAAGGUCGAACCGGCAUCGUCGAGACCAAGAUCUACAAGCCAGGAGCAGGAUUGGGCAGCAGCGCUCCGACCGACACCGCCGCCCACGAGGAGCAUGUUGCACAAUCAAGUCAUCGACCCGGCUCUGGCGUCGCUUUCGCUGGCUACCUUGACCGCGCUAAGGAUCGCGCACGACAGCGGCUCGCGGAGCAUUCUCAACCUCCACCUUAA